AUGGUUUGCUUGUGUGGGGAUAUUUCAGUUUGGAUUGCCACGUUGAUUGUUUUAUUGGAACACGAAGAAUAUCCCAGAGAAAUUCUUCUUAUUAUGUGUAUUUAUACUGCACUGGGCUUACUCGACGGUGUUGUCAAUAUUAUAUUCAUCUUCGCAGCUCAUUUGAAAAGAGUGAACCUACUGAAGAUAUCCCUCUUCUGUAACAUAGCAUUUCUUUCACUGUACAUAAUUGUCGUUCUGUAUUCGAUUGUUUCUUUAAUUUACUUAUACUAUGCGAAACGAGAUGUUAAGGGAUUGCAAGGUAUACAAGAUUCCAUAGAGUUGGUUCUAUCUGUGACGGCUAUGCCUUUCCUUAGAAUCUUAUUUGAAUUGUAUGCCUUACUGCUAUUAUGGAAUGAAAUCAAAAAGCUAACAAGAAAUGAUCGUCCAAUUAUGUUUAUGAAUCGCGCAGCUGAAGUCAGGUGCAUAAUGGAAACUGAAUUAGCUUUAAAUGACGAAGGAAAUCAAAAAGAGGACCAGGUACAAACAGCUGAGGUAGUAGUCAAAGAUAUAAGUGCUAGGACUGAUAAUUCAGAUGAAAUUAAAGGUAUUAUUGAAAGUGAGAUAAAAAUAAAUACAGAAAAAAAUGAGGAAAAAGAAAGAGAAGAUGAUGAACCUCAGUCAGAAACUGAUGAGUUAUUAGUAGAAGUAACAGAAGCUACACCGGAUAAUUUUGGGCAAAAUGUCUUUAAUAACGAUCUUUUCGAUGAUUUUGAUAUCGGGACAGCUCAGAAUCCGAAAGUGAUGGAAGAUGAUUUUGGAGGCGAAGGUUUAGGGUUUGAACCCUGGUAAACAAAGUGUGACUUGGAAAAAGUUUUAUGUUAGGUGGUUUUAAUUAAUGAAAAUGUAGUACAAAAAUUGUGUAAAAUGCCAGGCUUACUAAGUAAAAAUACAUCAAAUA